AGCAGGCUUUUCAAAUCCCUCCUCCCCCCAACCCCCACCCCUCUUCUCUCUCCCUCCCCUCUCUCGCUGCCACCACCACCUAAUCCCCGCCGCUCGCCCCCGCUUCCGGAACCUCCCAGAAGGUCGCCGGGGGCAUCCGGAAGCUUCCGCCGUCAGGUUGAGGAGCGGGCAGUAGGCGCAGGGAAGGAGGGAACAGUGGGGGAGGGGGGGUGGAUGUAGAGAUUGUAUGCUACUACAAUGGCGCAAGCUGCUGUUGAGUCCGCUCUGAAUGGUGACUCGCUGAUUGGGAGGCAGCCGGUGGUUCCGAGGAUGAAGAGGAAGACGCCCUCCGAACUGAGAGGUGAGCAACUGAAGCGGCGUACGUCCGAAAAGCCUGCAAAUGACCAGUUACCUUCUUCUGCUGCAUUUGAUAGGUCAAGCAAUGGACUUCGGAAUACAGAACAACAGAAGAUAUCCAAAUACAUCAGCACACGUGUUACAGAGGUCUUCCCUGUGAGAAAAGCAAGAAACCAUGGGAAGGAAAACUGUAAGGAUGCCUUGCAGAGCAAUGAGAAGAUUUGUAAGUCUAUUGAUGCUUCAACAGCUUCAAAUUUUGCAUCAUCUUCUCUUCCAUGUGGUAAUGGGGACUCUGCUACGUCGGAUUCUUCUGUGCCAUCAACGACGGAGGGAGCAAAGCCAGGUUUCAAGAAAGUUGAGAAAUGCAGUGAAAAUGCUCUGCGGAGUGUAUCUGAGCUUCAUGUUGGUGAUGAGAAGCAGACUGGUUCUAACAAGUUUGAUAUGGAAAAAGUACUUAAAGGGUUUGGAACUCGUGAUGCUUUUGUGGCUUCUGGGCUCAGCUCCUCUACUGUACAAGUUGGUGAUGCUGUGUUGAAGUCUUCAGACUUGUGCCCUUCUAAGAUCACCAUUCCAGGGAAAAGAGCUCCUUUGGAUUUUACCUUAAAGACUAGUUUGCAGUUUGUUUCGUCGUCGUCUGUGAAAUGGUGUCACAAGCUCAAUACAAGUUUUGGCAGGAGCAGCAUCACUGGAGCUAUAGGUCAGACUUGUCCUCGUGGGUGUCAAAAUUUAGAGUGCCCAAAGCCUGAGAGCAAAAAAGAAUUCUUGUUCUCGAAGGCACUACAAUCAUGGGUAUAUCCGCAAUCUUUGCUGCCUUCCUCCAUCAUAUCUGCUAUGCUCUCAUCAACUGCACGAGGAGAAAGCGACUUUCUUCUCAAAAGGCAUCAGGACUGGGAAGAUUCAUUUCAAAAUCUUUACUACAUGUUCCGGAAGAAUAUGCUGAAUAUAUUCUAUGUUUAUACGACACAAUUUGUUGCUCUCUUCAUUGGUGGAAGCCAUUUGGAGAAAAAACAGUCCUGUAAUGCUUACUUGUCACAAUCUACACGUGGCCUACGCGCAUUACUGCGGAAACAUGGUGUUUGCUUUUCCAUGCCUCUUUGCAAUACUGAAGUAGAGCAGGCUACUGAAGAUGACCUGAUUGAACUUUCAGAAAUCCAAAGGCGCAAUCUUGGCCAGGCACUCCAUUUAGAUGCUCUAUCUGAUGUGGACAACACCACACAGUCACUCCUUAUGUUUAGUGGCAAUGAGAGUGUUCAUGGCUUAUACGACAUUCUGUUGAACUACAAGUCCUUGCUGAAUUCUUUAUCUGCUGCAGACGUCCCAGUUUUAUAUUCACCGCAGCCAUUUCAAAAUGGCUGUCUACAUAUUCCAGAGGUGAAAUGUAGGGAGAUGAGGCGAGCAGACAUGGGGCUGCUCUCUUCGGGUGGGUUUGACACAGAACCGGGAUCAGCAUUUGCCUCCACGGCUGGCAAUAUCUGCUACAGCAUGGAAAUAAAGGACCUGGUCCUCCCGCCCUGGGUCGUCUCAGGAGUCUGCGCCGCGAUGAGCUCAGACGCAAGGAGCUUCGAUUUAACGAUCGCUACCGAGCCGUCAUCCAUGGGGUUGAACGCUGCCCUCAAGUCCAUGACCACAGCUCCUCAACCUGAGACGGUGCCCUCCACGGAUGGUGGCGCACCAGCCGGUGGCAUCCCCGACGCCAUCCUGGUCCCCUCCUUGCACUCUGGCUCGCUCCGGCGGCUCAGCUACACUGACGGCGAGUAUGUGGCCUACACAACUGUGUGAGCCCGAGCUCCAAAGAACUGCAGCGCCCCGGAGCAUCUGGGUGGCAGGGGAAGGGAUGGCAAGUGCAACUACUUUUGUUGUCCGGCGGGAGAAGGCUGCCCGGCUGGGAUCCACGUCAAAGAAGCCUCCUGCAUUCUUCAGAGCUGGGUGUGUAUUAUGAGGGUCUAUGUGUAAUUUUGGAGGCUGUGUUAACGUUCGCUUGGAUGGUACAGUAACUUAUGAGCUCUGGUUCUGGGGCAGAAAAAGGACAGUUGCUGCGUUCAUCAGCGUUCACCCAUGCGUGCUUGGUGCUGUAGCUCUUUCGAUGACCUGGUUGCCUCUUGUUUAUAUGUUGAUUUUUACAUGAUUACCCAUGGCCUAAAAUUUGAUGAUGAGAGUCCCUUUGUUGCUGUA